AAUGGCGAACAACAUUCAAUUUAAGAAAAAAGAUAAUAAUAAUGGAUUAAAUUUAAAAUUUUUUGAAUCAUCUGAAACUAUACAAUUAUUUGAUACUAUACGACAAUGGCUACAAAAGAAUUGUAAAAAGUUUGUUCAAAUUGAUCCACCUACGAAUAAAAGUUUGGCAAAUUUAACCUGUCAAUUAUUACAAUUUCAAGAAGAUAGUUUAGGCAAAAAUGGUUCCAUUUCAACCACCAGUAGUGGUGGUGGUGGUGUUGUUGGAGAUUCUGGCGGUGAUUCGUCGACUACAACGGCGACUACUACCGGUAGUGGAACAACAACAACAACGGAAACAUCAUCAUCCACAGCUACUACGAAACAGCAACAAUUGUUUCAAAGAUUGCCUUAUAAAUGUUUUAUAGAUUUUAAAUCUGGCGGUAAACUUUGUCGUAUAUUUGAAUUUGUAUUCAAAUUUAAAACUGAACAAGGAUGGCGUCGUUUUGAUUUUCAAUCACAAUCUCGUAUGGAUCGUAAUGUUGAAAUGUUUAUUGGCCUAUAUAAAUUUUUACAAACAAAUCAAUGUUUAAUUGAACCACAUGUGUACAUCUUACCUGAAGUGGAUAAAGUAUUGGCAACAAAAUUACGUGAUAUCAUCAAAAGAUAUCAUGCAAAAUGUUUGGAAUCUCCAAAUGAAGCAACACAUAUUGUUUAUCCAACAACAGUGGCAGCCACUCAACAUACAGAUAGUAAUGGUGAUGAAUUUGUUCGUAUCGUUAUGAAACGUGAUCGUUCGCUUCUUGUUCAUUGUCUUGGUCGACCAGAUAGCUAUGAUACAUGGUUGAAUAUUGAUGUCGAUUUAGAACCAGAAAAUGAACGUGACCACAAUGAUACACCAUAUGAAUUGUCAGCCAAUUGGCUACUCGAUACUGAUGAAUACAAUGAAUGGAUGAAUGAAGAAGAUUAUGAAAUUGAUGUUGAUCGUAAUGGAAAACGAAUACCGAAACGUUCUAGAUUUACAAUAGAAGAAUUACAUAAUGAAGAAAAACGAGAUAAACGUUCCAAUUCUAUACAAAAAAGUAAACGUCGUCGUUCACCAUCACCACAAUCGGAUAAGAAACGUAGCCGUGGAAAAGGAGCCAGUGCACGUAGUCCUGCACCGGUUACAAUGACAAAUUCAAAUAAGAAAAAAUUCAAAAAUGAAGACGAUGAAGAUCUCACCAAAGAUAUGGACAAUCCUUCACCGGAAACUCAUUUUCAAGUUGUCAAUUUAAAUCGAAAUUCUAUUUCAGCUGGAAAUCGUAAUCAAAAAGAUAAUGAAUCAAUGCCAAUCAAAGGUGGUACAAUUAUUGAUUUAGAUUCCAAUGAUUAUGAUCAACAAGAUCAACAACAAUCGAAACAUUUGAAUAAUAAUUCAUCAAAUAAUAAUGCAACUGAUGGUGGUGGUAAUGGUGGUAAACCAUCAUCACGAUCAACAUCACCAUCAUCGAAUCGUAAUUAUCAUCAACAAUCGAAUGGAACAUCGGGUUUAGUUUCAAUCAAUAAUCAUAGUAGCAGUAAUAACUUUGAUAAAGAUGAUAGCCAAGAUGAUAAUGUUACUGAACAGGCUAAUCAUAUAAUCAUACCGUCAUAUGCAUCAUGGUUUGAUUAUAAUUGUAUUCAUGCUGUUGAACGUCGUGCAUUGCCUGAAUUUUUUAAUGGUCGUAAUAAAUCCAAAACACCAGAAGUAUAUAUUGCCUAUCGAAAUUUUAUGAUCGACACCUAUCGUUUGAAUCCAACCGAAUAUCUAACAUUGACGGCUGUAAGAAGAAAUAUUGCCGGUGAUGUUUGUGCUAUAAUGCGUGUUCAUGCAUUCCUCGAACAAUGGGGUCUAAUCAAUUAUCAGGUGGAUGUAGAUGCAAGACCAACACCGAUGGGACCACCAUCAACUAGCCAUUUUCAUGUACUUGUGGAUACACCAUCUGGUUUGCAACCAUUGAAUCCGCCUCGUGGUCAGGUAUCAGCUUCUAAUUCAUCAUCAUCAUCGGCCACACAACAAAUGUUGAAUCUUCCUAAAGAGAAUGGUGUUGGAUUAUCAUCGAAAAAAGAAUCUGAAAAUAUCAAUGGAUUUGGCGAUAAUUUUGGAUUGAAAUUAGAUCAAUAUGCUCGAAAGAAUUCCUAUUUCAAAAGUAAAGCUGCAGCCAAUCUAUCGAGAGAAUGGACGGAACAAGAAACAUUAUUGUUGCUUGAAGCACUGGAAUUGUAUAAAGAUGAUUGGAAUAAAGUUUGUGAACAUAUUGGUUCACGUACACAAGAUGAAUGUAUUUUACAUUUUCUUCGAUUACCCAUUGAAGAUCCAUACUUGGAAGAUACAAACAAUGCUUUGGGCCCUCUAUCUUAUCAUCCAAUUCCAUUUUCCAAAUCUGGCAAUCCUAUUAUGUCGACAGUUGCAUUUUUGGCUUCCGUUGUUGAUCCAAGAAUAGCUGCAUCAGCUGCCAAAGCAGCAAUGGAUGAAUUUGCUAAAUUAAAAGAUGAAAUACCACCAUCAUUGGCCGAACAGCAUAGUAAAAAUGUUGAUGCAUCAUCAUCAUCAUCAGCUGCUGAAUCAAAUAACGUUCGAUCAGAUCAGAAAACAACAGCCUCUGAUAAAACGGAAAAAGUGUCGUCUGAAGUUGAAAAAGAUAAAGAUAAUCGAAACAAAGAUGAAGUUAGUAUUAAUGGCGGUGAUGCAGAUCAACAGGUGAUUAAACAGGAAGCGGCAUCUGAAGAUUCUUCUGCUUCAUCAACUGAUAAUAAUAACAAGAAAGAUAAAGAAGAUGGAAAAAUGGAUGUUGAUGGUCAACGAGAAGAAUCUUCAUCAUCACAACAAUCGGCUGAUAAAUCAUCUAAAGAAUCUGAUGUAUCGAGCGAACAACAACAACAAACUAAAGAUGGUCAACAACAAUCUGAACAAUUAUCAUCUACAGAUGUCACUAUGGCUGAUAAAAAUGAUACCGUUAAUACAAAAACUAAAGACAAAGAAAAGGAAUUGACAGAAAAAGAAAAAAAUGUGAUAAAAGAAUCACAAAUAUCGGUUGCCGCUGCUGCUGCAUUAGGUUCGGCUGCUGUUAAAGCUAGACAUUUGGCUGCAAUCGAAGAAAGAAAAAUUAAAUCAUUGGUCGCUUUAUUGGUCGAAACUCAGAUGAAAAAAUUGGAAAUAAAGCUCAAACAUUUUGAAGAACUUGAAGCCAUUAUGGAUCGUGAGAAAGAAACGCUCGAAUAUCAACGACAACAAUUGAUGCAAGAAAGGCAACAAUUUCAUAUGGAACAGAUAAAAGCGGCAGAGAAUCGGGCAAGAAGUCAAGCACAGCAAAUGUUUUAUCAACAACAACAACAACAACAGCAGCAACAACAACAACAACAAUCACAAGAUAAUAGGCUAAAUCAACAUUUGAACAUAACAGCUUCCGGUGCAGCACCACCAACCGUUAUACCUCCUGCCUCUCAAAUUCCACAACCACCGCCACCAUCACAAACUGCUCAACAAAUAGCGCCACAUAUGCAGAUUCGACCACCACCACCACAGAUACCAUCAACCGUACAACAACAACAUCCGGGGAUGACACCACAACAGUCACACCUACCACAACCCCCUUCGGCGACAAAUGUUCCCGUCGGUAACAAUGUAGUGAUGGCUCCAUCCGUGGGAGAAAUUGCCAUUCAACAAUCUCAACCACAACAACCAACAAUUUCCAAUCCACAAACGCAACAUCCGUCGUUUCUUUCCACUUCUCAUCAACAAAUAGGAGGAUCAUCAAUGCCUCAAUCACAAAUGACCAUACCGCAGCAGAAGCCACAACAUCCGGUGUCAUCCACCUUACAACAACAACCCAAUGUAGCACCUCCAUUAUCAUCUAUUACUUCUGUUCCACAACAACAACAACAAGAUUCAGAUCUACCCCAAACGCUUCAAACACCAUCAACCACACAGCCUGAAAUGGUUAUUUCUCAUCCUCAAACAUCACAACAACCAGUAGCAACGAUUAUGCCCCAACAACAACAAUCUAGUAAUAAUACACCAACGGCUACACCAGCUGUUCCUAUGAAUUAUCCAUCUUUGAAUGCUAAUAAUGCGAAUCAAGUGCAAAAUAUUCCGGUUCAUCAGCAACAACAACAACAACCACCACUAUCAUCAACAUUCGUAGAACCGCAACAGCAGCAGCAGCAACGCAGCCAAUAA